AUGGCACACGGUACCGAGGCGCAGGUCGAAGGGAACUGCUUCUUGAAAACCCAUGACACAAGCUGUGAUAAUAACAAACUCAGGUACAGUGUCGUCGUGGAUGGUGGCGCUGGGGACAAAUUCAUUAUCAACCACAGCGUCGAGCGCGUCAGGGUACCGACAACGACGCCGGUUCCUAAGUAUUACCGGAUGCUGGCGUCCCGUAAAGACCGCGUGGCGAAACUGCGGAGCUACUGGAAAACCAAAACGUCGGCGGUCAGGGAUAGAAUGGCCGUCAUAAUGGCCAACAAGAAAGGCAAACUGCGAAGGGAACGUCUCAACUUGAAACGGGGACCGUUAGCCGUUGUUUGA